CCCUUUCUCCCUUGAUAUAACAAUACUUUGUUUCCUAAAACCAAAAAAGGAAAAAGUAAAAAAUAAAAGUGGUGGUCCUCUAUCCAUAAGGAGAUAGGUCCACCACCACCAAAAAGAAAAAAACCUAGAUUAUUCAUAAUUUAAUUUCCUCCUCCUCGUCCUCGUUCUCAUCCUCAUCCUCAUUCUCGUCUUCCUAUGCAUCGUCCACCACCCUACGGGAUGGCAGGUGAUGGAAGGCCCCCGCCUUAUCCCUAUGGGGGCGGGGAAUAUUAUCCUCAAGAAAGGCGAAGAGGAGGAAAUGUUUGCGUUAGAUGCAUUUGUUGUUGUUAUUGCGUCCUAUUUUUCAUUGUCCUUAUCAUAGCGGCAAUCUUUUUGUAUUUUUUCACAGUCUACGAUCCGAAAGCUCCAAUUUACAAAUUUGAAGCCCUAGAUGUUAAGGAAUUCGGGUAUAAUGAUUCCAACAUCAAUGCAGAUCUUAUCAUAACAUUGAGAGCUGAUAAUCCCAACAAGGCCAUAGGUUUUAUUUACGAGGAAGCUAACACCUUCAAUCUUACAUAUAGUGGUUCAACAAUAUGUUCAGGAAAAUUUCCAUCAUUUCAUCACGGUCAAAAGAAUGUAACUAUGUUACAAAUUGAAUUAAAGGGUAAAAAUCCAUUUGCAAAAGGUCUUUAUGAGUCAUUACAAGUUAGUGAAAGCCAUGGAAAAGUUCCUUUAACAAUAUUGGCUAAAGUACCUUUUAGAUUUGUUUUGAAAGAUUCAAAAUUAAGGGAAUUGAGUAUUCUUGCAAAUGUCACAAUGUCUGUGCAUGAUAUGAAGCUAGGCAAGAAAACUGAGAUUGAUCAAGGAAAAAUCGACUACCAUUUCGAAAAGUGAUCGAUCAAUCGAUAAAAUCUCUUCUUUGAUUUCUUACUCUUAGACGUUUUACGUUUUUUUUUUUUGUAAGUGUGUAUGUAUUUAUUGGUACGUAAAGCGUACAAGGAUUAAUUGAGAGCCCACUAAAGUUUUCUAGAUUUUUUGUAUUUGUAGAAUAGAAAUGUUUUUCAUACCUAUGAAUAAAUAAAGAUUGGGAUGUUAUGUUUUCUAUA